AUGGCGAAAAAGAGUGUGAAGGCGAGUUUAGAGAUUGCUUCAAUAGCGCCACCCAGCCACCGCCCUUCCCUGGCGGGCACGGCCCGCGAGCCCAAACCCGGGCGAUGGGGACGCCACGUAGGACGAGGGGAACCCAAACCCGAACCCGUCCUCGGACGGGCCCCCGUGGGCCCCACCACCCCCCAUACUGAAGAGGCGGAGAAGGUGCUGCAUGUCCUCGUUCUCCAGCAUCUCGUGGCUCCUCAUGCGGAUUUCCUCCUCGGACAUGAAGUCGGGUCCCUGGCCGUUAACGGGCCAAGGCCCGUAAGGGUUGAGACCGUUUUGGGCCAGCCCGAGAGAGGAGGAGGAGGUUGA